UUGUUUUUAAUUUGAAAAGUCCUCCUCUUCCUUCUCUCCUUCCCCGCCCCGCCCCUCUACUCCGCUCCGCGGAGAAACUUAGACCCCGGGCUUGGCGUCGCGAGUGCGGAGAAGACACAGCGGGCCGGGCGGCAUUCCCUUGGCGCUGCACUCAGGUACUCCCGCCAGGCUGAUUCGAUUCGCAGGGGGAAGAGAAUUUGAGGUGGAAAAGGAAAAGAAACUAGCAUCUCAAAGGAGAGGGGAGGUAAACAGAUCCUGUGAACACCUGCAGCUUGUGAGACAAUGUUCCAUCAGCAGCUCCUGCAGGUUCUCCUGACCACACGUCACCCUCUCCAGGGUGACCUCCCCGGUCUAAGCCAGCAUCGGUCUCACCCGGAUUACAGCUGCCAUCCCAUCCUCACUGCUUCCACUCGUGCCCCCUCAAGACAAAGUAUAAAUCAACUCUCAUCACUGCACUGAUCAAGGUCCUCCAAAGACUGCCCAGCGGCAAUUAUAGCAAAUCCUAAACAUUUUGCCUCGCUUUUCAGGACUAAGUGGAAUUCUUCAAAAUGUCAGGUGUGGUCCCCACAGCCCCUGAGCAACCCACAGAUGAAACGGAGAAUCAAAUAAAGUCUCCUGAUCCAAGGCCUGAUGCUCCUCCUGACUACAAUUCCCAUUUUGUACUAGGACCCCCUGGACCAGCUGUCCCUGCACCUGCAGGCUACCCAGGAGGCUUGCCUGUGGGAUACUACAGCCCACAGCAUCCCUGUGCCUUCCCCUCGUACCAGCUACCUGGUGGUAUUCAUCCUAUGCAGUACCAGCCUGGCAAAUAUCAUAUGCCAAAUCAGCCUGUUCCAGUAACAUGGAUGCCAGGGCCUGCUCUUAUGCCAAACUGUCCUCCUGGUCUGGAAUACUUAACCCAGUUGGACAACAUACACGUCCUUCAGCAUUUUGAGCCUCUGGAAAUGAUGACAUCUUUUGAAACUAAUAAUAGAUAUGAUAUUAAAAACAACCUGGACCAGAUGGUUUACAUUGUAACUGAAGACACAGACGACUUUACCAGAAAUGCUUAUCGGACACUAAGGCCCUUCGUCCUCCGGGUCACCGACUGUAUGGGCCGAGAAAUCAUGACAAUGCAGAGACCUUUCAGAUGCACCUGCUGUUGCCUCUGUUGUCCCUCCACCAGGCAAGAGCUGGAGGUGCAGUGUCCUCCCGGUGUCCCCAUUGGCUUUGUUGUGGAACACUGGAACCUGUGCAGGGCUGUUUACAGCCUCCAGAACGAGAAGAAAGAAAAUGUGAUGAGAGUGCGCGGACCGUGUUCAACCUACGGCUGUGGUUCAGAUUCAGUUUUUGAGGUCAAAUCCCUUGAUGGUGUGUCCAACAUUGGCAGUAUUAUUAGGAAGUGGAACGGUCUGUUAUCAGCAAUGGGAGAUGCUGACCACUUUGAAAUUCACUUCCCGUUAGACCUGGAUGUGAAGAUGAAAGCCAUGAUUUUUGGAGCUUGCUUCCUCAUUGACUUCAUGUAUUUUGAAAGAUCUCCACCACAACAUUCAUCAAGAUAGAUGGACACAGCAAAUCAGCAAUUAUGGCUAAUGAAAAAGAUUAGAAAAGUUGGAUCGGGCUUACAAUCCCCUGAAUUAUUUGCAAAUAUAUGUAUCUGCUUUUGCAGAUUAUUUUCACUGGUUAUUAGCUCUAACAGGCUAACCGUGUAAGGGCAAGAAUACAAUCUAAACAUGUUUCAAUUGAUUAUCUGUUCAUUUGUCCUCUUGGUAGCCUAGGAGUUCACCUUGAAAAAGUUAUGACUCAUUAGCCAAGUAAACACAUUACAAUGAGCUUCCAAAUGCUUUACCAUGACAUAAGGGAAAAUGAAUGCAAGAGCUCUCACAUUAGUAGGUCAUGAAAUGGUGAGCUUUUUAGAGCAAUCUUUGAGAUAGAGUAAUAUAGCUGUUAUUCCUAACCCUGUCCUACUAAAUCCUACCUCUUGUCCUGUUACUGAAGACGAAGUGAAAAGAAUGAUACUCUUGAUAUUUAAAAACAAAAAGGAAGGCAGACGGAAAUUCUGUGUGUCUAUCGUACAAGGAAAACUUUACUUGUGCAUAUGUAUGAAAACCUUGUUUUGCAAGUUUCUAAGUUUCCAUGAAAAUUUUGAUUCUAUUUCCAAAUCAAACAUGGUUUGUUUUUUUUUUUUCUUUAUCAUAGGGUUUAUAUUUUUCAUGCAUACUCCCUCAUUCACUAGCAUGGUCAGUCAGGACCUGCCUUAUAUGGGGUCAGGGUCAGACUAUCAGGAAAGGAGGUGACAAGGACCACAGCCAGUCUAGCUCUGAGCAACUUAGAGACAUCAGCGCCCGUAUAAGGAGCUUGCAUUUAAUCCAUUUCAUCGCUCUUGGUCACAGAUGCCUUAUAUAAAAAAAUAUGUUUAGCCAAAUCUCUAAGAAUGCCUUUUGAACCUUUGUAUAUCAUUUGAUGUGACACAGAGAAGAUAAUUGGGUUGGUUUUUUUUUUUUUUUCCACUUUUCAAGAAGAUCCCUGAUAAUCACCUUAUUUUUCUAAUACCAGGAGUUAGAGUUUUGUUUCUGAACUUUGAAAUGUGACAUUCUGUGUAGCACUUUGUAAAAGCAAAACCUACAAAUCUUGACAUUGUCUAAUAUUUCUUAGCUGCUUUUUAUUUAGAUGAUAAACAAAUCUGUAUCUAUGCAAAGAAAAUAAUAAAACACAGCAAACAUGCUACUUCUCUGCGAACUAUAGCUUACCGGUAAAAUUAUGUAGGAUUACCAUACAGUACAAACGUACUUCUUUUUAUUAGCUAGUUAAAAGCAUAGUGUAUUAGUGAAUAGACUGAUGAAUCAGCCUGUGUCUUUUGCACUCUACCUUCCUAUCUGGACAUGGACUGUGUUCUUUCAACACAGCCAGUAUGUGGAAUGAAAUGUAUUCUCCUUGCUAAGUAAAACAAGCCUGAGUGUUCUCAGAUGGGAUUAUUCAGAAAUGAGGGCCUUUGCUCACACUUCCUCUUGAAGUCAAAGAAGGUGCUUCAUUUUUAAAUUAUAUUUAUCUUUUCAUGGUAAAGUUGUUUUAUUCAGUUUCUGGUAAUUUUUAUUUUUAGGUGCUACUACUAGCUUUUAAAAAAAUGUAAAACUGCUGCUUUCUAAAAAAAAAUAAUUAUCUUAUAUUUGAAAAUAUAAUUGCAGUCUUAGACAUAUAUAUUGUUUCUUAUAAUAAUCUUUGACAUUUUAUGUAUGAAAUCAAAUAGUAUUGAGAAAGUUUAUCUCUAUAAACCUCCUUUUUACUUUCCUGUACCCCUACAUCCCAAGACCUGCUGCAUAAUAAAAAAAAUGCAUAUUAUUUUUAACAUAUAACAUUUUAAAUUUGUUUAAAGUUUUUAUGGUAUUAAGUUGUCUCUUACAGUUAUAAUUCCACUUUCUUUAAAAGUCAUACUGUGUGUCUUGGGGCACCUGGGUGGCUCAGUCGUUAAGCAUCUGCCUUCGGCUCAGGUCGUGAUCCCAGGGUCCUGGGAUUGAGCCCCACAUCGGGCUCCCUGCUCAGUGGGGAGCCUGCUUCUC